UCAAGGACGCGUAAAACCUGCAGUUUGUUGCUGAAAUGCAUUUAAUUAAAAAAAAUAUUUCAGAAAAUCUAUCAUGUAAAGAAGUAGGAAUGUCGUACAGUGAUGAAUAGCGAUAGUUUCCAUUAUUACUGCAUUAUAGUUAUAGUUAUGUAAUAAUCGAGAACUGCUGGUGGAGAAUAGUAUAUUGCAUAGGAACCACAGCUCUUUUUUCAUGUAGUGCCAUCUAGUGGUGAGAUUUGCGGUCCUAUUCCGUUAAUCGGGACAUGAUCGUUAAUAUCUCGACUGAUAUUUAAGAACCAAUUAAGAACGAAAAGAUAUUUUGAAAAAUAUUUUAAACUAGAGAAGAUGUUUUUGUUUUGAUAUUCUUCAGUGGUUUUGAGAUUUUUUGACAUAUUCUUGAAGCUCAGAGGUGUGAUAUCUGGGUUUUCGUCCUUCUGACGCUGCAAGAUCGAGUCGAAGAAUACUAAGCUCCCAAGAUGGAGAAGUAUUAACAGACAAACUAUUCUGGGAAAAAAAUGAAGGGUAAAGGAGAAAACAUGCCCUGUGGAUCUGCCAAAGAUUCAAAUCAUUCUGAUAAAAAUGGGGAGAAUGGACAUUGCGCAUUUGAAGAUUUGGAUCAUUCAAUCCUUCAACACCCUUUUAAUUUAGGAUCAAAUAAUGUGAGACAGAUACUGAAAUGUAUGCAGAAUGCAUCAAAGGAGGUUAAAGAUCUUAUCCUAAAUGAAUGCAAUAUUAUAUAUGAAUGCAAAAUAUGUGCCAAUCUUUUUCGCAGCUUAGCCAAUUUUCUGUACCACAAGAGAUGCUACUGCAAGAAACAUCUGUGUGAAGAUAUGCUUUUGUUUGAUAACUUUGAAGAAGAGACUCAAACAGUUGUUGUUCAGCCAGAACCACCUCAAGAAAAAGGCCAACCAAAAUCUUCUGGAGAGAGUGAUAGUUUACCUCCAAUGAAAAAAUGUGCAGUUAAAUUAGUUAAAGCUGAUAUUCAAGGGAAAAAUGUAAUAAAUCCCAUAGAAGAGCCCAAAAAUUUAAGAAAUAAAGGAGCCAAGGCAAAAGACCAACUUGAAGAGGAUGGGAAAAAAGCUGCCAGGGCAAACAAAAAUGAAAGUCCUAUGAUAUCCCGAAGAACAAGAGAAAAGAAUUCCAUAAAUGCCAGUAAAAGGGCUUUGAGAGAUGCAGUUGAUAAUGAACCGCCUAAAAAGGCAUCAAAAUCAUCUAACCGAGUCAGUGCAACCUCAAAAUCAUCUGAUGAUGGUGCAGCAAAACUUUCAAAAGAAUCUAAUGAAUCUGAAGCUAUGUCUGUUGAAAUUUCGAAAGAAGUUUGCAAACCUGGGAAAGAGGAGACUAAUAAAUCUAGGAAGGAAGAAACCAGUAAAACUGGGAAGGAAGAAACUAAUGAACCUGGGAGAGAAGAAACUAGCAAACUUGGAAAGGAAGAAACUAGCAAACCUGGGAAGGAAGAAACCAGCAAACCUGGGAAGGAAGAAACUAGCAAACCUGGGAAGGAAGAAACUAGCAAACCUGGGAAGGAAGAAACUAGCAAACUUGGAAGGGAAGAAACUAGCAAACCUGGGAAAGAAGAAAUUAUCAAACCUGGGAAAGAAGAAACUAGCAAAUCUGGGAAAGAAGAAACUAGCAUUGGAAAGGAAGAAACCAAUAAACCUGGAAUGGAAGAAAUUAAUAAACUUGAAAAGGAAGAAACUAAUAAACUUGAAAAGGAAGAAAGUAUUAAAUCUAUGAUGGAUGAAAUAAGUAAAUCAGGACAGGAAACUAAAACUGCUACACUUCUUCCAGAGGUUCAACCAUCAACUUCAGAAGUUCCCCCAGUUGUGGAUGUUGAAUCUGAAAAUGAUCAGGCAUGCAGUAAUGAAGUUCCUAAAGAAACAAUGAGUGUGAAAUCUUCUGAAGCACCUUUUAAUAAUCCAUUAAAGAAAAUAAUUAUCAGACCUAAGCCUUUCGAUGUCAAAAAUAGCACUGUGCUAGAUAAUAUUCAGAAAAAUAUGAAAGCAGCCAACAAGAUAGGAUUUACAAAAAUUACCGAUGCAACUGGAAAAAGUUUGCAGUGCUUUCCAAAAAUUAUUUUCAAAACCAUUGAUGGCAACCCACAUGCUGUGUUCCAGACUACUGAGAGAAGUAAAUCUGAAAGUAUUACCCUAAAAACUAAAAUUGAAAACUCUGUUGCACCAGAUAAAUCAGAAAAUGAAAAAUUAAUAAUUGUUUUAAAGAAAGAUCCCAUCAUGUCUGCCUCUUCUGAUUCUACAGGAGCAUCUGCAAAAUUGUGUAAAGAACAAAGUGAAUUUCAAGUAACAAGACGAAAAAGACUUUCAGCCCGCGAUGACUGCAAUGUACAAGAGCUUAGAUGCCUUACCUGUAAUACUCAAUUUACCUCACUUAAAACUCUUUAUUUUCAUAUGCUGUCAAUACAUUCAAAGAAAAGGUUGUACUACCCUUGUCCAUUUUGUAAGACCUCCUUUGUUCAAAUGUAUGGAGUUACGAGGCAUUUAGUAUCCGUACAUAAUAAGACAAAAGAGCAAAUAAAUAAAUUACGUGAGGUAAUUAAAAAGAAAAGUGUAUGGAAAAAAGUUGAUCCAAAUGAAAUUUCAUCUGCAAGAAUAGAAGAGGUAGUUUUAAAAGAAGAUCCAAAACCUGAAAUCAAAGCACAGGCUUCGUCUUCAACUAUUGGUGCUGAACAUUCUACAUUGAAGACUAUUAUAAAAUUAAACAAAAACCUAACACUGCAUCAAUGUUCAAAGUGUGGUAGAGUUUUUGGUAGAAAGUCGUCUCAAGUUAGCCAUGAAAAAUUUUGUAUAAUGAACGCAAUGAAAACGGACACAAGUGAUUUGGGUGGCAGCCCACCGCCAAAUGUUUCUUUUUUAUCCCUGUCGUCAAAAACAGCAAUGGUUGACCCAAAUUUUCCUAAACCUAUACAUCAAAUUCAACAGCCUCCUUCUGAUAUAAGAAUUAAUGUUCGUCCUAAAAGGGGAGCAGAGAAACAGAUGCAUAAAGACUUUGUUAAUAGUCAGACUUUAAAAUGGAGGUCAGCAAAUCGAGUGGACACUAACGCUAAAACGGCGCAAUCAGCAAAAAAAGCCAACGCAAAAAGUAUCGAGAAAAAAGUUUUGAACAUAAUGGAUGUUGAAAACUUACUUUGUAUAAAAUGUAAUAAAGUUUUUUCAUCGUUUUCUAAUUUAAGAAGGCAUGUGGCAAUUCAUGUUGGUUGGACUCGUUUCAAAUGCAAGUAUUGUGAAUAUCAAGCUUACAAUAAAUCUCAGUGUUGGGUCCAUGUUCAGAAAGCUCAUGCAGUAAAUGAGGUGGACUUGGAAAAAUCAAUUGUCAGUCUUAACACUACUUCUCCUGGUCGAAAGGCUGCAUCAAGUUCACAAAGUAACCUCUCCAGCAAGAAUGCUUCAGAUGUAAAAGUGAAACAAAUUCCUACUAAAGCCAAUGGAAUACCGAAAGUAAAAAUUAGUCGAAAGAGGAUAACUAACAAUUAUUCAAGGCUUUCUUCUGAUAAAAAAACAAUCUCAGCAGUCAAAAAAGUGGAUAAGAAGGAAGAAAAUAAAAGAAUGAAAAAUCAAACAUAUGAAGAAAAGAAAGAAAUUUCUUACUUAAAAAAAGAUAGAAUUCAAUAUGCAGAAAAUAAGAAGGAGGUAAAUGAAGCUAAAAAAGAGAAGAAUCAAAAUUUAGAUUCCAAAAAAGUGAACAAUGAAGCUAAAAAGGAGAAAAACCAGAAUGCAGAGAAUAAAGACAGUGAAGCUAAAAAAGAAAAAAACCAGUAUUCAGAAAUUAAAGAAAUAUCUGAUGUAAAAAAAGAUAAGAGUAUAAUUUUAGAAAACAAAUUUAACAUUCAGGAUAUUAAAAGAGAUAGAACUCAUUCCAUUGGUCCAAUUUUUAAAUGCAGUAUACCUGAAUAUAAAAAAGAGGCCAGCAAUUAUAAGUCUGUGACAACCAGCAAUCCUACAACAAUUAUACUAUCCAAGAAAUUUCCAACUCCAUCCGUCCAAUCCUUUGUGACCGUUUCUCCCGAAUCAUUGUCUUCCACUAAAACUUUUUCUUUGCGUUCAUCCCCUCGGAAAAUUGAGUCCAAAACUCCAGAAGAAAAUAAAAUGACAACUCUUGUGACAAGAUCUACUGCUUAUACGAAAGGUCCUCUGCAAGUCAAAAUGACUAUUAAACCACCUAGUGAUGAAGAGGUUAAAAAGAGUGUGCCACAGUUAUCAGAAAAGACCUAUGCCAAAAAGGACAGAUUGAUCAGUGAAUGGUUUCCAAAAAAAGAUUUAAACUCGAACAGUGUUAGACGAGAAUCUGCUCCUUUGAUCAUUGGUUUAGUUCCAGCUGCAAAUUCUGGAAGCAAAAACCCUGCGAUUUCUUAUGAAAAAAGUAACUCUUAAUUUCAUUUCCUAUUCAGAUGCUUACUGCUUGACUUAUUUUUGUUAAGUGCACGAUUAUUCUUAACAGAAAACUGUGAAAAUGGAAGCUUCGAACUUGAAGGACUUUUUUUCGUAGAUGAUGUUGAUUUUUCUGGCAUCUAGUACAACUAAAUGAAGUACAAUUGUUUCAUUUACAAUUGUUUUUGUAUGCUUACAUUCCUUAAAAUGAAUUGUGAUAAGUUAUUUGCCGUGGAAAAUUCAUUUUUAGAAUCUACUAAUCAAUAUUAUAAAUACUUAUUUGUGUGUUUGCUUGGUAAACAGCUUUGCAGUGUCAGACUUACCAAGUUCUCAACCAUUGUCAGUGCUUUCAAUAAUUACUAAUAGUAAUUAAUUAAUAAUGGACAGAUUUGUGCUAAAUUACUGUCAGAAUAUAUUAUUUAUUUCUUUAAAUCAUGAUGUUAAAAAUGCUGUAUUAAAUAAUGAUUAAUUGAAUUUUUUUUCUUUUUUGUUUUGCCAUUAAAAAAACAGGUUAGGUAUUUUCAUAUUUGUUUCACUUCUAUCAAAUAUAAUAAUUUGUCAUCAAAUUAUUUAUAUUUCAUUUUUUCUUAGUUCAGAUAGUUUUAAAUCUCUCUUUUUGAUUAUUAAAAUCCCCCCUUCUUUUAGAAUGUUAGAUUAACUUUAAAAUGGGCUACAGGGAAUUUUUGAAUCCUCAUUUUGAAGUUGAACUUUCUCAGAAUUAUAUUAAAUAAAAGAUAAUGUGAAUUUAUAAAUGCAAUUUUUAAUUUUAUAUGAACAGUUUUUUUUUGUGAGGGAAAAUAUUCUUUAAUUUUAACAUGAUCUAACACACAUAUUCAUUUAUGUGUAAGUAAUAGUUUAUAAUUUCAUUUGGUAUUGGAUUGAAAGUUUUGGUUAGAUGUGAAAAUUGAAUUUUUGCAACGUAACGUUACUUUUACAGUUUUUUUUUUUCUUUCUCCCUGGAAUUUUGCACCCUAUUCAUUAGAACUCUUUAACUCAUGCUUUGUUAAUUGCAUUGGUUUAAAGAAUGAAGAAAUAUAUGUGACAGUCAAUAUACAAAUUUUUUUUAUUCUAAGUCUAAGAAUAAUUUCGAAAUAUUACAAUUGAGCAAUUUACAUUUUUUUUUUUAUUUUAAAGAAAUUUUUUAGUUUAUCAUAUUUUACUAAGAAAAAAUGCUUUGGUUACUGCAUGCUUAAACAUAAAUCUCAGGUGUUUAUGUCUAAAUAAAUUUUUAUGUGUGUGGGGGACUAGUUAAAAGCCCAGUGAGUGUUUAGUAAAAUCAAUUAUCAGUAUUAUAUAAAUUUUUAACAAUUCAAAAUAUGAUUAAAUUUUAGUUACAUGCAAUACAAUAUUCUGAGAAAAACAGUUUCAAAUGUCAUUCUAAAGCCACCUUAAGAUUCUCAAAGCAUUCUUAAGAACAAGCAUUUGUAUAUUAGCCUUAAUGAUUACAGCCUUUUCUGGUUAAUAUUCAAAAUACUUCAGUUCAAAUAAGCUUUUUAAAAGGAUUAAGUUUUGGGAGGAUUCAAAGAAAUAUGUAGUUUAACUGAAUAAUUUCAAAUGUUUUCAGGUAUCAUAUUUUUAAAAUAAUACAUUAGGCUUUUAUUUCAGUUUAAUAUAGUUUCUCCAAGUUUUGUAUAAAAUAGAAUAACAUUUUUGAAAUUACAUGGUAUAUAAAAAAAUAAUUAUACGUCAAAUCAUUUAAAGGCUGUUGACUUGUAAUUUAUAUUUUAGGUAGUAUAUGCUCUAUGACAUAUCCUAUCAAAAAUUAUAUUGGAAUAAAUUCUGCCCUAAUGGAACAUGAAAUACAGAUUUGAAAAAUUAUUCCUCAUGUGACUAUUAUCAUCUGAAAAUUAUUUUAUUUUCCAAUUAACAAAUUCAUUAAUUAUUAAAUCUUUUUAUUACUUAGUUUUGUUUAAACAAUGAAACUGUGAAAAAACAUUUUAUAUAUUUUAAUUGAUUAUCCCUAUCUGUCAGGUAUACUAAUUGAAUAAUGGUUUUAUAGUUAGAUAAGUCUAAAUUGAAAAACUUAUAUUAUUUUCUUAAAUUUUGUUUUGAUUAUUAUGUAAUACGUUGUAUAUAGUUAUCUGCAUCAAACCUUUUCUAGUCAGGUUUGAAUAUUUAUACAGUUAAAUUCAUAAGUUAGCAGGAAGUUAAAAAAAGUACAAACAAAAGAACUUAAAGUAAUAAAAACUUUUUCGGCAAGAUUUUCCAAACUCCUUAGAAUUGAUAGAAAUUUGAAAUAUCUUCCUUUAAUGAAAUAUAGCAAUCUAAAUUCUUUAUAGUUUACUUUGGGAGAAUUUAUUUUUAACGAAGCAAAGCACUGGAAUAGUGUAUAUUUUCAACUUUUGAAAAAUAAACAUAUGUAAAAACAUGUAUUUUGCUUUCCUCUGUAUAAGUGUUUAAGCUCAUGUAUUUCAAAUAAUACACAUAUAAAUAUGUAUAUACUGUUUUACAAGAAGGAAACUAUAUGUAA